AUGUUUAUCUCAAGAGGCUCGGGCUUGCUGUGUUUGUAUCGACAAGCGCGCUUUUGUCCGUCCUCCACAUCCCGAUUCGUCUCCUCAAAAACCUACGACCCGCUACGAAUCCUCUUUUGCGGUUCUGAUGAGUUCAGCAUAGCUUCUCUUAAAGCUCUCCACGCCGAGCAUGUGAAGCAACCCGAUCGGAUCGCUUCCAUUGACGUUGUCUGUCGGCCUGGAAAAAGGGUAGGGAGGGGCUUGAAGCAAAUACGCGAAGUCCCCAUCAAAGCUGCCGCAACGAAAUUAUCGCUCCCUAUCCAUGAGAUUGACACUUUCACGGGGUGGAAGCCCCCCGUGCUCUCCGAAGGAUCCAUAAAUCUGAUAGUCGCGGUAUCAUUUGGGCUUUUCGUGCCACCGCGCAUCCUCCAUGGCGCCAAAUACGGUGGCUUGAAUGUCCAUCCCUCGCUACUUCCCGACUUCCGUGGACCUGCACCACUCCACCAUACUCUCCUAGCAGGCAGAUCUACGACCGGUGUCACUCUUCAGACACUACACCUUCAGCACUUUGACCACGGGACAAUACUCGCGCAGACGCCUUUUCCUGGUUUUGCGAUACCGAAUCCUGAUUCAUGCACUGUUCCGGAGCUGUUGGAUGUUGUCGCCCCAAAGGGCGCGGAUAUCUUGGUCGAAGGCAUCCGAAAGGGCCUGUUUGCUCCCCCUGUUGAGGAUGCAGGCUGGCACUCGUCUGAACAUAAUGAAUUGAUACACGCUGCGAAGAUCAAGCCCGAGGACAGACAUAUUGACUGGGCGAACUGGACUUGGACGGAUAUCAGUCGGCGGCACCGGGUGCUGGGGCCACUGUGGAGCAAGUCCCUGGUUUUCGGCGAACCGACUGGGCAUAUUCCAACUUUCCAACAGCGCAGGGUUAUUUUAAGCGAAUUCGAAGAGGUGCAACCGUUGAAAGGAAGCGAGGCAUUUGCCCUUGUCCCGGGACUGCCAUUUAUAGAUGGCGAGCACACAGUCAAGUCGGACUCAGGCAAGGGAGUCUAUGUGUUCACCCUAGACGGAAGGCUAAUUAAAAUUCAUCAAAUGAAGGUGGAGGGUCAGCAGAAUGCGGAUGCACUUCGAGCUUCCCUCAAGGCUGGAAUGAUUGGAAGCCGCACGUUCUCUUCAUACGAUGCUCCAUUUGCUCCGUUCCAUAACCCACUUUGCUAA